GAGAUUUCCGCGCACAACGUUGCCAGAGAUACUGCUUUAGUAGAGCUAUCCACGCUUGUGAAUUAUGGCACGCUACAGCAUUGAGUUCUCUACUACUCUAGAAGGAGGGGAGGGCGGGUGUCAAGUUUGAAGCCGGUGGUUGAUGCCGGGUGCUCGGCUAAUGCUUCACCAGCUGGAGCGGAACCAUCAAACUCCACGUCUGGUCUCGUGUAUAUAUGCGUAGUGUUCCGUGUCCAGGCAGCAAAUGACCGCGAACGAGACUUACUUUCUGCCUCGCUACUGUCCAUAUACCUAAGAACGACACGAACUGCUUGCGAAAUGGUCUUCUACGAACCUGGAAAGACGUCUCAUGGCCUACCUCGGGAUCCAUACAAGGCUUGCGUCGUCCCGCGCCCGAUUGGAUGGAUCUCAACACGAAACAAAGAUGGCGUUGACAACCUCGCGCCAUACUCUCAAUUCAACAACCUAACCUUCGACCCACCGUAUGUCAUGAUAGCAGCCAAUGUCGACCUAAAUGAGAACCGUAAGGACACGACCGUGAACGCAGAGUCGGCGGGCGAGUUUUGCUGGAACGUCGCCACCUAUGAUCUUCGGGAAGCCGUCAAUGCCUCCGCCGAGUGGUUUGACCGGGGCGUCGACGAGUUUCAACGAGCGAACCUUGAGAAAGAACAAGCCAAGCUCGUCAACGUAGCGAUGGUGAAAGCCAGCCCAAUCAAGUUCGAGUGUAAGUACUAUACCACGUUACGCUUGCCUGGCAACCCACCAAUGGGGACCGUGGACGUGAUCGUCGGUAGGGUGAUAGCUAUACACAUCGACGACCGGGUGUUAACAAAUGGUAUGAUCGAUAUUGGUAAGGUGGUGCCGAUUGCGAGGUGUGGGUAUCAUCAAUAUACAGUUGUGAGACCGGAGUCGGUGUUCGAGAUGGUUAUACCGGGCAAUCCAAAGCAAUUGGUUGGGCUUGAAGGAAACGCAUCGGUGGCGAGCACAAUGAAGGACGGCAAGCAUGACGUGAAACCUACUGGAUCGUAGACGACGAAUGCUGUUGUCAUUCAUCGCGUAACGUCUGUCAGCGUAGUGACCUGCGGCAGUGAUGACAAUGUCGGUCUCACUGAACCAGAGCU